AAGAGCGCGUCACCUAGAUUUUCUUUUUCUAGCUCCAAGUGUCGAGUUGAUUUGAAGGUGCUUGCAUCAAGUUCUUACAAAGGUAGAAUGGUUAAGAACCUUGGAAACAUUAGGUCACUCGAGAACCUGUGGAUUUACGGUUGAGAUUGGUGAUACAAAGGACAGGUUUUGAUUGUGCUGUGGGUUUGAGUAAACAGGGAUAAAGUUGUAAAUCAUAAUAGUUGGGAUUUGCCGGCGGCAUGGUAUUAAGGUUGUUUUGCUUGAGAGUAAUCAAAAAGUUCCGUUGAGCAGGGAUUAAGUUUAUUCCCUUAUAUCGGGAGUUAAAAGGCCUGGCACUGGAUAGCUACUUGGAUACCGGCCACCAAUUGGCAGUGUCGCCCAUGGCGCCCUCUCGAGUGGCUGGAGGAAUGUCACAUUCUUCUUCAAGUUCUGGCAUCUUUUUCCAACGAGAUUCACAGUCUCAGACUGUGGGGAACCCUCACUUGAGUUCAUCUUUUGGGAACUCAAAUUCUGUUCCUGGAAAUGCACGUUCAAACUUGGGUCCUGUUUCUGGAGAUGUAAGUACUACGCUCUUGAACAGUGUGGCAAGCUCGGGGCCAAGUGUUGGGGCAAGUUCGUUGGUGACAGAUGCCAACUCAGGACUAUCGGGAGGUCCUAAUCUCCAGAGAAGUGCUAGCUUCAAUACAGAGUCUUACAUGCGCUUACCUGCGUCACCCAUCUCGUUCUCAUCCAAUAAUAUAAGUAUUUCAGGCUCAUCAGUUAUGGAUGGCUCAUCUGUAGUGAAGCAGAGCUCCCACCAAGACCCAAACACUCAACAAGUACAGCAAAAUCAGCAGCUUCAAGGGGCUUCCAGUGCCACAUCCCUGGCCACAUCACGAAUGGUACAAGUUCCACUUCCCACUGGUCCAAGGAUACCUGGGUCCUACAUUCAGGAGCCCAAUAAUAUGUCCCAGUUGCAGAAGAAACCCCGAUUGGAUAUCAAGCAGGAAGAUAUAGUGCAGCAUCAGGUUUUACAACAGCUAAUGAAUAGACAAGACACUAUGCAGUUACAAAAUACCAAUCCUCAGUUGCAAGCUGUGAUUCAGCAGCAGAGGCUAAGGCAACAGCAGCAACAAUUGCNAGCAUCAGGUUUUACAACAGCUAAUGAAUAG